UGUCAUAAUGUUCGACAGACGAGCGUCCACGGAUACAUGUAUUUCGGAAAAAGAUUAUGGUCCGGUUUUCACGCGUAUCCUCAUAGCAACCGGCGGAUGGUACAAGCUGAAGAUUGCGCAUCCACAAGCGCGAAGCAUGAUUUGAAGAGUCUUGGCAGAAAGAAGUCGUGUUUGUAGUUUGCUCACACCGCCCUCCGCUUUCUUGCCGCCGAACGACUGCUUAUACAAUGCCUUCGAAGUUUAUCUGUAGUCGCUCUAGCUUCCCCUACCCGUUACCAACACCAAGUUCGCGAUGCUCUCGGCAUGGAGCAAGGCGUCCCUCUUCAUCGGCUUGAUAGCGAUACUAUACACACUCUAUCGAACCUCUCCGUCGCUACGUACCUCGCUAUGUGCAGCGACAUACCCUGCCAAUGCCGAAAGGCUCCACUCCGGAUACUUCGGAUAUGAAUGUGCCGGCAAACCUCAUCACUCGAGCUGGAGCAGCUGGUGGCAUCCAGAGCGGAGUGACGGCAUUCACGAAGGGCAUAUGGGCGCAGGGGCUAUCACCGAGCGAUGGAACAUAUUGUACCAUCUCGGUGGUAACGGACCGUGGGUCGAGAAGGUCAUAGACGUUGUCGAUGGAGGCAUUGUAGUCCCUGAAGGCUGCGAGAUCGAGCAGGUGCACAUGAUGUCUAGACAUGCUGAGCGAUAUCCUACGAGAAGAGCUGGCGACAUAGGCCAGAGAGCGGUCGUGGAACGCAUGAAGCAGAGCGGCAAGACAUUUACAGGCAAUCUUGCUUUCUUCAACCGCUGGCAACUCUUUUGGACAGAUGACUCAAGCCUUGAACAGUUGACGAGCACUGGUCCCUUCUCUGGCACUCUAGGCUCCUUUACCACUGGCGUUCGUCUACGCACCCGGUAUAAGCAUCUUCAACCGGAUCGCACCACUACAUUCUGGGCCAGCGACUCCAAUCGCGUCAUUGAGACAGCGAAGUACUUUGCCCUUGGAUUCUUCGGCAUUGACUACCAAGAUUCGAAUACGGCGGCCCUUGAAGUCAUAUCGGAGCACUUCUCGCUCGGUGCGGAUACCCUGACACCAGGUCGGACAUGCUUGGCCAACAAGAGAGACGAAGAUGAAGGCCAAAGAAAGGGUUAUCGUUUGAUGGGUGAGUAUCGAGCUACCUACCUCAGUGCCAUCCGCGAGCGCUUGCUUGAGCAAACAACCAUGGACUUUAAUGAUCAAGAGAUUUAUGCCAUGCAGGAGAUGUGUGGCUUCGAGACGACUGUACGCGGGCGGAGCGAUUGGUGUGAUGUCUUCACGCAGGACGAGUUUCUCAGCUUCGAGUAUGCACGUGACUUGCUCCACUACUAUCGUGCCGGGCCAGGUCAGAAGUACGCUGCAAGCAUGGGGUGGCUGUGGCUGAACGCGACGACCAAUCUCUUGCUCGAAGGGCCCGGAGCAGGGCCUCUUUUCUUCAGCUUCGUUCACGAUGGCGACAUAGCCCCGAUGAUUACAGCCCUCGAUGUCAUCAACGACGUUGAACACUUACCCAUCAAUCACAUCCCACACUCGCGCAAAUGGCGCAAGUCGCAAGUGUCUCCCAUGGGCGGCCGUGUCAUCUUCGAGCUACUCAACUGCAAUCAGACCAGCUCGCCAGGAAAGUUCGUCAGACUCAACAUCAAUGAUGGUAUCACCGCGGUACCAGGCUGCGACAACGGACCUGGAAACAGCUGUCCCCUGGCGCAAUUUGCAGCUAGGACAAAGAAGAAGGGAGAGGAAGUGGGUGACUUCAGAGAGCUGUGUGGGCUGGAUGAAAAUGCAGCUGGCAGGAUCACUUUCCUGCAUCAGUGAGGAUGUUUCGGGGAUGUCUGGGUGAAGCCUACCCCCCUCAAACAGCUACGAUGUAGCCUAUAUAAUAUGGCUAGGGGAAAUGAGAUGACCU